CGGGAGGGAGCUCUAUAAAAGUGCUGGCGGCGCGCCGGCCGGGGCUUCAUUCGCCGCCUUGCGCCGGGACCGGGAGCGCCGCGGGGAGCACGGGCCGUGGAGAGGGCGCUGCGCUCGGGCUACCCAAUGCGUGGACUAUCUGCAGCCGCUGCUGGUGCAAUAUGCUGGAGCUCCAGAACAGCUAAACGGAGUCGCCACACCGCUGCCUGGGCUGGAUCACAGCGCUGCCUUUCCUUAUGAAGAAGACACAAACUUGGAUUAUCACUUGCAUUUAUCUUCAGCUGCUCCUCUUUAAUCCUCUCGUCAAAACUACAGGGAUCUGCACAAACCGUGUAACUGAUGAUGUGAAAGACGUUACAAAAUUGGUGGCAAAUCUUCCAAAAGACUAUAGGAUAAACCUCAAGUAUGUCCCCGGGAUGGACAUUUUGCCUAGUCAUUGUUGGAUAAGCGAAAUGGUGGAACAGUUGUCAGUCAGCUUGACGGAUCUUCUGGAUAAGUUUUCAAAUAUUUCUGAAGGCUUGAGUAAUUAUUCUAUCAUAGACAAACUUGUGAAAAUAGUAGACGACCUUGUGGAAUGCAUGGAAGGACACCUAUUUGAGAAUGUAAAAAAGUCAUCUAAGAGCCUAGUACCCGAGCUGUUUACUCCUGAAGAAUUCUUUAGAAUUUUUAAUAGAUCCAUCGAUGCCUUCAAGAACUUGGAGAUGGUGUCAUCUAAAACUAGUGAAUGUGUGGUUCCUUCAACAUUAAGUCCUGACAAUGAUUCCAGAGUCAGUGUCACAAAACCAUUUAUGUUACCCCCUGUUGCAGCCAACUCCCUUAGGAAUGACAGCAGUAGCAGUAAUAGGAAGGCCUUGAAUUCCAUUGGAGACUCCAAGCUGCAAUGGGCAGCCAUGGCACUGCCAGCACUCUUCUCUCUUAUAAUUGGCUUUGGUUUUGGAGCCUUAUACUGGAAGAAGAAACAACCAAAUCUUACAAGGGCAGUUGAAAAUAUACAGAUUAAUGAAGAGGAUAAUGAGAUAAGUAUGUUGCAAGAAAAAGAGAGAGAGUUUCAAGAAGUGUAAUUGUGGCUGUAUCAACACUGUUACUUUCGUACAUUGGCGGGUAACAGUUCAUGUUUGCUUCAUAAAUGAAGCAGCUUUAAACAAAUUCAUAUUCUGUCUGGAGUGACAGACCGUGUCUUUUCCUGUUCUUGCGACCCAUGACUCUAUAUGGAUGAUUCAGAAAUUGGAACAAAGUGUUUUACUGUGAAACUGGCACUGAAUUAAUCAUCUAUAAAGAAGAACUUGCAUGGAGCAGGACUCUAUAUUAAGGACCCGGGGGACUUGUAGUGUCAUUUAGAACCUGCAACUGCUGUUGGGAGAGAAAGCACGUGUCCCAGACUGCACGCCCAUUCUGCAUGCCUCCAGAAAUGUCUAAUUGCUGAAAAGCCACAUAGCUUUAUUUUUAGUUACAACCUGCAGUUUGUAGUUAUCUUGGUUCCUUCAAGUAGAGUUCAGCCUGGAUAGCCGGGGUAAUAAUUUUUCUCAAAGGGAUCUAGAAGAAUUUUAAAGACAAAAACUCAAUAGGAUCAGCCACGGCACAUCCAAAAAGCAGUGGAGAAAAAAGUGAUGGGAGUAGGUACCCGGUCAGCCUUUUAGCCGCUGAUUAGUGAUAUGGGCCUGACCUCGGUCUCUUCCUGAUGUAAACCGUGCUCACCCACAUCCCACUGGACAAAUGGACAUGGUUGGCUGGGUCUGUCCAUGCGGAGGAGCCGGCGCUGGGUUGGAACAGUGAUGCCUUUGCGGAGGGCAGACUCCCCAAGAGUCAUCGCACAAAGAAGCUAUGAACACUGAACAAACAGCAGGACAGUCGCCGAGGAGGGCAUUUGUCACCCCUGGUGAGGUGGCCUUUUCCCUUGACCACUGUAAGAGUGUAUAAAUCAUGCUUGCAAAAUAGAUUACAAAACGUUUAUAUUCUGAAACUAUUACAGACUUAUGCGAAGGCACCUAGGAGAAAUCGCUGGAUGUAUGAAGGUCUGCCAUGGGAGAGAGCAAAAAUAAAUUAUGAUAUUUAGUAUCUGAGGUUAGAAAUCCACACCCACAUGCUGAUCCAGGUGUUGAAACUAGGUUACUUGGCUUUUUCAAGAAUGCAAGGAAUCAGGAAACUCUACUUAUUUAUAGUAUAAUCACCAUUAUCUGUUUAAAGGAUCCAUUUAUUUAAAACCAGGCACUCUGUAUCCAUUAAGGUUUAUGAAUUAAAUAAAAAGAGAGCUUUAUGUAGUUAUGCAUGUCAGUUUGCUAUUUAAAAUGUAUGACAGUGUUUGUCAUAUUAAGAGUGAAUUUGGCAGGAAUUCCCAAGGUGGACAUUGCGCUUUUAAACUACAACUUAUAAGACAUUGUGUGAAUUUCCCUUGCUAAUUGUUGUUGUUUUUUUAUGGUCAAAGAAACAUCUGACUAAAGUCAAAGAAUGAUUUCUUAUGGCUUAUUUUGAAGGAAGUUCUUUUACUCUAUCAUGAAUGUACACCUAAAGGAAUCCAAAGCUUUCCAUUAUGACUUAAUCUUCAUAAUAACAUUGCCGUGUGCUACCACCAUCCGAUGACCAUGUGCAAUGCAGUGAUUCAGAAGGGCAUGAAAAACUCACUGCUAGCUUUCCUUCGAUUUCUAGAGUCUGAGAACUUUUAGUGUCGUUGGAUUUUAGCUUAUGUUCAAAGCUAAUCCAAAUACAACUUCAAUACGUGGCCUUUGCUCUUUUUUUGUACCAAAGAGCCCAAAUGAUUUCUAUGAUCCCUUCUCUAAACGGCUGUGGUUCCUCGAACACUAAUCAUUUUUCUCUGAUACAACCCAGUGCUUUGGAAAGCUGCAUUGACUUAUUUAGGCCCUCAGAUAUCCCAUGGUAUAAUCAAUGAGUAAUAUAACGAGAGAUCAGAGAUCAGUUUAAUUGCUGAAAGGACCUGCCCCAGGCAUGUGACAUUGUUUUGAGGAAAAUAGACAUAGAUAGUAUGAGCUAUGUGAGUAGGUCAUGAGUAGAUUGGGAAGGUUGAUACUUAAUAGUUCGACUUGUUUCACCAAUGGUUUCGAUUUUCUUAGGCACGUGACAGUCCCGUUUAAUGAGCUUGAAAGUACAAUAAAUGUACUUUUGUUCUCAGCUGGUAUCUGGGUUUUAACCCUCAAGGACAGGGUCCUAAUCAAUAGAGUUAAAUAAACAAAUUCAGCAGGUUAUGAAAUCUGGCAUGGUAGGCAAGGGGAGAUAUACUAUGCCUCAUUAAAUGUAUUGGUUCAUUGAGAAGUAUAUGGAUUACCAAUUUUUAAAACACUGAAGUUCCAUAAAAUGCAUGAACAAUAGAAAAAUGCUGAAUAUUAUUUUGGAUGCUAGCUGCUUGGGCAUUAACUGUGUCAUGUCUGCUUUAAGAUAAAAAAAUACAUAUAUAUUUGCUUUGUCUCAUCCAGUAUGUGUUCCGAAUAUUCUUCUUCAUAAAUCAGUUUCAAAACUGCCUUUUAAACUGAUCUCAGAAGUCUACAGAUUCUAAAUUAUACCUAAAGCUUUGCACCUCUUUGGUAGAACCCAAGUUUAUAAAGAAACUGGCUCUGUGAUCAACUGUUCCUGCCCGGUGAUAUCAAAGUGUUCCAGGAUUUUGUAUUAUAAUCUAAGGUGCUGACCAUACUGCCACUUUUUAAUGAAUCAGAGACAAAUUUGUUGUUUUAAAAUAUAAUAAUUGAAUAAGUAACCUAUCCUCUUAAGAAAGGACUAAGUAUGUGGAAAAUGAAAAGUAUGUGUCCAUAAGGAAGUGUUUGUUUUUAGUAACAAACACAUUUCAUUGAGCAUUAAAAUACUUUGAGAAAUUUUGUGGCAUACUUUGGGAUUCUAAUUAUUUGAAGUUAAAUUAAAAAAAAAAAAAUCUAUUCAGAAUUCAUCGAUAUUUCUUAAUGUUUUUUCCUGCAGCUAGGUUUUGGUUUCAAAAUGUAAUUCCAAAAGGCAGUUUGGCAUAGUAGGAUAAGUGUUGGGAAAACUAUAAGUCUCCACUCUGCUGUUGACUGAUUCUGGUCAAUCACCUCCCCUCACUGGGUCUCAGUUUUGUAUUUAUCCAUAUGACGAACUCAGAGGGCUCACGUUAGGUGGGAAACCUACUGAUAUAUGACUGACAGAAGAUAAAAUAGAGCUGAAACUGUCCCAUGAAAAAUAGCCAACUCUAAUCUCUGUGAAUAAGCAAUCUGAACAUAAAAAGUCAUUGCUGUUCUUGUUUGUAAUGUAAAUAGGGUCCAUUAGUAAAAGUGAAAUUCAGUCUCACGUAGGGUGAGUUGGAUAACCAUUUACACAAAAGAUGGCUUUUUGCUUUGCUUAAAUAAAUGUUUUUGGAUCACCUCUGAAGCCUGAGAAGCAUUAUUACGUUUUAGUCAGGAAGAGAUACUGUAAGAUGUGUGUAACAUUUGGAAAAGUACCAAAUUAAGCAUUUAAAUCUUCUCAUUUUCUUAAAAGCUAGGAGCAGAAAAUGUAAGAUGCUCAUAAAGUUUUUUUGAAUGCCAAGAGGUAAUUUAGAACCCAUUUGGAAAGGGGUAAUUCAUAAAUUUCAUUUUAAAUUGGAAAGUGGAAUGAGAAUUUUUAAAUAAGCUAGCUUGUCUUUGAAACAAUGUUAUUGUGAAAUUGGCAUUAAUAUAUAAACAUUCAUAUUGAAAUUCUAACUAGUUCCUUUGUGGCUCUGGAUCACACAAUAUAUGGUGUUGCUGCUUUCCAUGAACAAGUCUGGAAAUGCCUUAGUUUGCAAAGAUAAAGUAAUAAUAGUUUCAUUUCCUAACAAGUUAUUGUUUUAGAAGUAAUCCAUAUUAAAAUGGAUAUUCGUGAUCCUAAGAUGUUUGCUAAGCAUUGUAAACUGAACUGCCAUCUCCAGCUACAUCCUUAUGCUGUUUUUU